CCCCCAGAACGGCGGGCUGGGCAGCGGCUGCCGCGGGAGGCCCGUGAGGAGGAGGAGGAGGAGGAGGAGGAGGACGCGGCGGCGAUGAACCUGAGCACGCAGCCUCCUGCAAGAUGGUGCUGCACGGCGCCAGUACCCGCACUGCGCCGUCACGGGCUGCGGUGGCCGAGAAGCAGCCGCAGCCGCCGGGUCAGCGGGGGCGGGAGCGGGAGCCGCCGCCUUCCCCACACCCGCUGCUGGUGGACUGCAUCCCGCUCUUCCACGGCAGCCUGGCCCUGGCGCUGCUGGAGGUGGCGCUCAGCCUGAUUGAUUCUUGGUGCCGAGAGAACAGCUACGUAAUAGCCGGCUACUACCAAGCAAAUGAACGUGUGAAGGAUGCCAGUCCAAACCUGCUCGCCGAAAAAGUCGCUUCGAGGAUUGCAGAAAACUUCAAUGAUACAGCCCUUAUAAUGGUGGAUAACACUAGAUUUACAAUGAAGUGCCUAAAGCCCGCAGUUCAUGUCUAUGAGCACCACGACAAUAAAUGGAGAUGCAGAGACCCACACGUUGAUUAUUGUGAAGAUUGGACAGAAGCCCAAAGGAUCUCCGAAUCCCUAUUGGACAGUCGGUCCUAUGAAACCCUGGUGGAUUUCGAUAACCACUUAGAUGACAUUCGGAAUGACUGGACUAACCAGAUUAACAAGGCGGUUUUGCAUCUCUGCUAAGAAGAUUCCCACCGACUUGAUCCUGGGAUUUUCCCUGUGCCGAAGAAAGCGGGGAAAAAAAGAGCAUUAAUUUUCAGAUGUAAAUAGAAGAGGUGAGAUGGUUCCUUCAGGUGAGUGAGGCCCAUCAUCCCUUAGAAAAGGAUGUGUUGCCAUGCGGUCAAGCCUUUUUAAUGAGAAUGUUUGGGACAUCCACCAUAUUUGGAGCAAGCCUCUUGUGCCCUGCUGCUGAUGCAUUCUUGUCACUCUCCAAAUAGAGUCCAUUUGUUCCAACUCGUUCGUAUUAAAAAGUUUUGACUUAACUUUUCAUAUCCUUUAGAGAGAAAUUUUCUAAAAAAAUAAUAAAAAAAAGAUUUAUGAAAUAUCUCAGAGAGCUAACAGAUAGUUUUAUUUUUUAAAGAAGCUGCAUCUAAAUAAACAAUUGAACUUUAUAUGGUCAGAUCAGUGUUGGAAACUCUUAUUCCAAGGGCUGAUUUCUGGACAUUAUGGUUACAAUUGACAGAUAUAUUACGCAGGGAGAAAACAACUUGAGAUAAAUCUCCAGAGGCUUGCAAGUUUUCUUCACUUAUUCUGGGAAUGCUGCAAUUUUUUUUCUGACUCCCAGUUUGAAUGUUAGGAGUCUCUUUGGGUUCCCCUUGAAAAGAACAGAAUUCCCCUUCCGUGAAUUCAGUUUGAAUGGAAUAAUAGGCCAAACAGCCAAGAGAAUUAUAAAUAACAUGUUUUAGUUUGCAAAACAAACUUGUUCUCUUUAUUCUUGCAUCUGGGGGGGGGGGGAAUGUAAUUUCUUUGAUGCUUAAUUGCACAAACAGAGUAAGAAGUUACAGCCAUGGAUUUCAAUUCCUGAACCAAUUUUGAUGGAGGUAACCUCUAACCCAGCACUCCCCUUUUGAGUUGCCCCCUGAGGGCAGCUGUGAGUUUGCUUUUGAAACACACUCCUCUGGUUUGCCAAUUCUGUUCCAGGCCUCCCAAGUUCUGAUUAAGUUAUUCAGGUUUUCAUAGACUUGAGUUUCCCAAGUCCGGAAAAAAACUCACCUGCUGUGAUUCAGUGCAAACUUUUAAUCUUUGUAUACAAAGGGGGAGAAGAAUGUGCAAACCCCCCUCCCCUUAAACUCAGUGCACUCCAAAUGUUUUCCUCUGGAAAAUCUCCCCGUCCAACCUUCCGUCCAGGUGCUUUCCGUCCCCCUACCUUCCAUAGCACGCACAUCUUGAUGGACUCGUCUCCUGUCCAGUGAAAAUAAAUGUUGAAGAGCACAACUGUUGAUCGUUUAGGGCUGGCCUUCCUCUUCAUUUUCAUGCUUUUUCCUUGCAAGCAAAUGUUAACGGCGUCUUACCAGUUGGGUUUCCUGUUGAGCUGUUUGGAUCCGGUUGUAAUAUAACGGUUUCAUGGUGUAAAGUGUAAAAGAGUCUUUAAAACAUACUUGUGUUAUCUUGGGAUUUUUUUUUCUUCCUUUUUUUUUUAAGGACGACUUUUAGCAUCUUCCUUGUGUUGUUUUUACAUGUCUGAUUUUUUCUUUCUUUCUUCCCCCCCCCUCUGACUGAUCCUGUAUUAAUGCAACCUUUUUUAUUUAUGGCGUAUAUUCGAUAUCUCAAAAAGUAACCGGGAUUUUAUGUUGCUUUCUUUCCGUCGUCCCCUUGAAAAUAAAGCUGAUGAAACAAACCUC